UAAAUCCAUCAUGGCCGCCUUCAUUAAAUGGCGGGAAAGUUUUUCAGACGUUAGGAGGGGCGGACGUUUUUUUAUUGUUAGUUUCGGUGUGACUUUAACGUGUUGGUCAUGUCCAUUCGUGUCUCUGCAAAGUAAUUUUCACGUUUAUUUAAUAUUUAUUUCCUCAGAAUAAUUAUGCGAUGAGAUUUGGCAGAAUAGACAGUACGACUGUAAGACAGUGUGGUUUUCGUGAGUUGACGGUGAAGAGAACGUCCAGAACUGCGAAGACGAGUGAAUUGAAUUACCCAACAAUGAAAUGGCACCAUCUUUUCGACGAAAUCGAAGAAUAACGUGAAAUCCUUGUUGCUAUGUUUUGCGUUUGAACGAAAAUGGAAAGACAAAAACAUGAAAAGUUCUCCAUAACACCACUUGGACCCAAUGACGAGUUAUUGCUGAACAGAAGGAAGGGGACACCCAAGUCAAGCUCCAAAUUUGGAGUAGUGAAGUUUCAAUCAGCUGUGGCUUCACAAUUUCAACCCCAAUAAGGUGAAAACGAAGCACGUUUCAACACGUCAAAUGGGUCGCUGAUGCAGUGGAAACGUCUACACGCUACAAUCAGGCGAAUUGGCGAACCCUGGGUAAUAAGCAGCUUGCGGUAAAACAAGUGAUUCAGUUUGUGGACCAUAUGCAAAUAUCGCGGGUGGAUCCAAUACGAAAAAGAACGUCCAACGUAGCAUCCUCGAAAUAAGGCGAUGCUAGUUUUGUAUUAGCGGUAUAGUGAAGGUUAAGGUACGAGAGCUGAAAGUCAAGCAAUUCAACUCCACGGGGAAUCCUGUGAAUUGGCUGACAGGUGAAAGAAGAACCGACCGAGGACCCUUCGAUACCCUUGGGGUAUGGCUUCAAAACGUCCUCAAUCCUGUGAUAAAAGCAAAGAACCCUUGGACAAGUCGACUUAAAGGUGUCGUUGCAUCAGUAGAAGCGUGCACAACGAGUUAAGUACUACAAUCACACAGGGUGAUCGUUGGUGGUCCGGUUGUUCUGUCGUCUACGGGGAGACUUGAUCAACAGCUACACCAAAUAUGGCCCUGCCACUGGCCUUUAAACCUCAGUGUCGACUUACAUGGAAUGGAUUAAUCGAUACAAAAUGCUGUUUAGGCUGUGAGGGUUGCCGCUCUUCUUUGGCAAAGGAAAUGUAUUUAAUGAUGAUUUCAAAUUAAUCUAAGAGUUUUCUUCGUAUGGGCGAAAGGUGUAUUGAUUCUACUUAAUACAGGCUGUUGGAGUUGCGACUGAAACCUGUUGCUGGUGCGUGUGUUUCUCCAUUCCGGUUUCGACAAGUACAUCAGCUCAUUGUCUAUCCAGACAGUCUUUUUGUUGUUGUUUUGCUUCCUCGGCAACAGAGGGCGGCGGCGCAGUUCAACUCAAUUUAACAUUUAAGGAGAAUUAGGGCGGCGCUUCUUGCCAUGCACACUCUGGAGCGUCUUCAAUGCCCCAAUAAAAAGGAAGUCCUUCUGGAAAGUGGAAUCACAUAAGUUUCGUCCAAGUUGGACCAGUAUAGCUCGCUGCAACAACUCGGGAAAAUGACGGUAGCUCUCGGCAGUAUUUCAAAAAUAUUUUCUCUACUUGCGGUCGUGACUCUGCUGAGCUGCUGCUUCAGCCCGGCGUCCAGUUUCGCUUUGCUUCCCCGCGUCUCUCGUACAAAUGACGCCAUCAUCGUCGAUUUUGCCGGUGUGGGAUAUGCUCCGUCUUAUCACGGCAAGUCUUUGUACAGCCAAAUCGCCCAUCCUGAAUUCAUCCAGCUGCCAUCGUUCAAUUCCCACCCAGUGACGUAUAAUCGUCAGCAACAGCAGGACUCCAAUGGAUGGUCCUAUUCAUUCGAGUAUCCUAGUCCCAUUGCACUUGAAGAUAUCCCGUCCGCUAGACAAGGAGGAGCUGCAGCAGCAACGACGACAACAAGACGAACAACAACAACAACGAAGACGACAACAAGACCAACAACAACAACAAGACCAACAACAACAACAACGAAGACGACGACGACAACAACGCCAACAACAACGACAACAACAACGACAACAACAACGCCAACAACAACGCCUGCAGCACCAGUCAUCCAGUGCGGCAAAGGGCCGACCGCCUUACCUGCACGGUCAUUGAUUGGAGGAAGGAUCGAUGGUGGAACCACUGCCAAGAGCAACGCCUGGCCGUUCUUGGUAUCCCUGAAAAAAUCUAGUGAUCCUGCCGGUGUCUAUUUCUGUGGCGGAACUUUGAUUUCUGAUUCGAAAGUUUUAUUGGCUGCCAGUUGCUUGGAAAAAAUGUCUUUAUAUGAGAUGUCGGGUGUGACUGUAUUGAUUGGAGUGACGAGCUCAACCGACGUCCAAAUGACUAGGAGAAUCAGCAAAGUCGCCCUUCAUAGCAAAUUCAAUGCUGCCACCUAUGCCAAUGACAUCGCCAUGCUGACACUGGACGCUCCUGUUGUUCUAUCCAGGACUGUUGCACCUGUUUGUCUGCCGCCGGCCAAUGGAGAUCCUGACCAAAACGUCGAUCAAUCAGCUGUUAUUGUGGGAUGGGCAACAGCUGACUCUUCAGCAAGCACCGCAUUGAAACAAGGCACCGUUUCGAUUUCGUCCAACUUCGACUGCAAGGCGGACGAGAAUUUUGGCAAAUAUGUGACGGACGCCAAUAUCUGUAUUAGCGCUACUGAUAAAUUCGUAUGCGCGGGUGAUAUAGGUGGUCCAGUAUUGGUCCUUUCGUCGCCGGGAAUUUGGACUCAAAUCGGAAUCAACAGCUACGCCUCAGGUGAUUGCGAAAGUAAUAGCCUCCAAACCAGAGUGUCGGCGUUUAGGGCGUGGAUUGAUCUGUACAAGAAUUAAAAAUGGACCACCAAGAAAAUCUAUGACGACCAACAUGAAACGGAACGAUAUUAUGAAAUUCAAACUCUAAUUAUUAAUUAUAAUUUUUUUUCAAUUCGGUUUCCUUUGACGGGUUUGAAUUGUUUCAUGCCAUAUUAUUUAAGCUGCGGUACUGAAAACAGCAUUUUAUAAUUCUGAAUAAAUAAUAUUAGCCCAAG